AUGCUACAAACAUCAAGACGGACACCCUUGGGGGUGGCUGUGGGUGCUGGACAUGAUGCUAUAGUAGCGCUACUCCUGAAUCACGGAGCUAAGUUAGACGACAGCGAGGAACAACAAAAGUGGUCGCAAUUAGACUAUCCCGCGGUCAGUGCUCUUCUUGCGGGCCAUGAGAGUACCCUCGCCCUACUUCUGGAAUGGGGGGCUCAGACAGAAGGGCCUAACCUCUUAUUCGGAGGGUUGAUCAAUUGUGCAGUGGCUUCCGGUCAAAUGCCAAUGCUGAAGCUUCUCAUCAAAUUCGGCGUUGAUCUAAACAUCGAAGUCAACGGAGUAUAUCCGUUGAAUUGGGCAGUGCGCAGAAUACCAAACUAUGCAUCUAUGGUGGAGGUGCUCCUUGACAAUGGAGCGGACAUUGCCUUGGUCGACGAUGACAAAGGACAUUUACUACGUGAAGCAAUUGGCUACGGAACCAUCGAAACACUCCAUUUGCUCCUGAAGCGUGGAGUCAGCUAUCAUGAGAGCCUGUUCAAUUUUGCUAUAAACAAAUGUACUGUCGAGACAGUUCGCCUGCUUCUAGAUUAUGGAGCUCGGAUUGAGUUUGAAUCCGUAGUGUGCGCUGUACGAUCUAGGAAUUGCGACAUACUUGAACUGCUUAUCGAUCACGGAUUCGAUCUGAAUGGGAGGGAUUCCAAUGGGUGCACUAUUUUGCACCGCGCUGUGUGCCGGGAACCUCCGUUCAAAACAAGGACAAUAUGCGGCCUUUCUGCGAAUUCAAGGGUUUCUUUAUUUCCAAAGCGAUCUAGUCCACUGCAUGUCGCAGCGUAUUGUCGGCGCAGAAGAGAUGAGCGCAGCACUACAGAAGAAAUCGUGAAGUGUCUCAUCCGACGUGGCGCGGAUGUGAAUGCUAGGGCUAGGCAGAGGCAAACACCACUUUACUGGGCUUGGAAGUAUGCCUCACCUGCUGUACAGCAGCUACUGUUAGAAAAUGGGGCUGAUUGGACUGAUAUGCUGACGAUAUACUGA